UAGUCAGUUUGAAUUUCUCCGUGAUCAUGGAACGUUGGUUAAAUCGUGUCGCUGUAGUUACUGGAGCUUCCAGUGGAAUUGGUGCAGCUAUUGCCAAAGAUUUGGCUUUAGCCGGAGUCAAAGUUGUUGCUUUAGGUCGUCGAGUAGAACGUAUUGAAAAAAAUCAAUCCGAAUUACCAGAAAACGUUAAACCUCUAUUUUACCCUCGAAAGUGUGAUAUAACAAAUAAAGACGAUGUAGCUGCUACAUUUGAAUGGAUAGAAAAAACUCUUGGUGGUACUGAUAUCUUAGUUAACAAUGCCGGAAUAUGUAAAAUGGGAAAUAUUGUCGAUAUGGAUCUUGAAGAAGUCGAUGAUGUUAUCAAUACAAAUUUGAGAGGUCUAAUUUACUGUACACAAGCUGCUUUUAAGAGCAUGAAAGCUCGUAAUUUCGAUGGACAUAUUGUCCAUAUAAACAGUAUCAAUGGACAUAAGGUUCCAGAUAUCCUUCCUGGACACAGUACAAAUAUUUAUACACCAACAAAAUAUGCUGUAACUGCAAUUACUGAAGUUUUGCGAAAAGAAUUGAUAAAUUUGCAAACCAAAAUUAAGACUACUAGCAUUAGCCCUGGAUUGGUUAAAACAGAAAUUGUUCCAGACGAAAUGUUUGAUAUGAUUGGAUGUUAUUUGAAGCCCGAAGAUAUAUCACAAGCUGUAUUGUUUGCCAUUGGAACUCCACCACAUGUUCAAAUUCAUGAAAUGAUUGUGAAGCCAGUUGGUGAAAAUUUUUAAAAUAGAUAUUAG